UUAAGAACUUUGUAUUUUUCGCUUCACCGGCGGGCGGCAACCUCACCUUGGCCGUCCGCCGGACCUCAACCUAGUCUGCUAGAAUUUUCUACACAUACCUUCACUCUUCUUCACCACCUCGCCGAAGCAAACCCAAAAUCCCUCUGGGACAUUUCGUCGAACACCAUGUCUGCAACGAUGAGCUCUCAGGUAUGCAGAUCUGCUUCCCGAGCUGCCAGGUCUCUACUCUCUGCUUCUAAGCAGACCUCUCAUGUCUUUUCUGAAAGUCGAGCUGUAGCUAGUGCUGCGACAGUUUUAUUAAGAGGAAAGGUGCCUUAUUUAGCUUCAUACGGGAGGACCGAUUCUGGAAAUACGUCCCGAGGAUGGAUGUCUGGGGCGCUUGCCCUUCCUGCUGCAGCCUACAUGCUUCAGGAGCAGGAGGCGCAUGCUGCAGAGAUGGAGCGCACUUUCAUUGCUAUCAAGCCCGAUGGUGUUCAGAGAGGGCUGAUUGCAGAAAUCAUAUCGCGUUUUGAGCGAAAAGGUUUUAAGCUUGUGGCGAUUAAAAUAGUGGUUCCUUCAAAGGCUUUUGCCCAAAAGCAUUAUCCUGAUCUCAAGGAAAGACCUUUCUUUAAUGGCCUGUGCAACUUCCUUAGUUCUGGCCCUGUCAUUGCAAUGGUCUGGGAAGGCGAAGGAGUGAUAACAUAUGGCAGGAAGCUCAUUGGAGCCACUGACCCACAGAAAUCAGAAAUCAGCCAUGGGAGAGAUUGGACU